AUGUUCAAAUACAUAGCCCUACUCGAGCUACUUCACCAAGCCAAUGCGCUCGUCCGCCCAGAUGGAGUGGGACGCCUCCCAGCACUCGGCUGGAGCUCCUGGAACGCAUUCGAGUGCGACAUCGACGCAACCAAGAUCCUAGCAGCGGCUACUCAAACCGUGAAGCUCGGCCUAAAGGACGUGGGCUAUGAAUACAUAAACAUAGACGACUGCUGGUCCAUCAAAACCCACCGUGACCCCAUAACCAACCGCAUGAUCCCGGACCCAGACAGAUUCCCCGACGGAAUCGCCAGUCUAGCAUCGCAGAUCCACGACCUCGGUCUCAAAGUCGGCAUUUACAGUAGCGCAGGAGAGACAACAUGUGCCGGAUACCCAGCGAGUCUGGGGUACGAGGAUAUUGACGCGGAGACCUUCGCUGAGUGGGGGAUUGACUACCUCAAAUACGAUGACUGCGGCGUCCCACCCGAAUGGAAAGACGAAUAUACAUCCUGCGUCCCAGACACAGCAAACAACCCCGGCCCCUUCCCCAACGGAACAUGUCCCGAUAUCCCAAACCCAGCACCGACAGGAUACAACUGGGGGGAUUCUAACAGUUCCCAGCGCUACCGGACUAUGCUGAACGCUCUCAACAACUCCAACCAUCUAAUCCUCUACUCCCUCUGCAACUGGGGCCAAGCAGCCGUGAACACCUGGGGGAACGAGACAGGCAGCUCCUGGCGCAUCUCCGGCGAUAUCUCUCCGGGAAGAGGCGAGACGGGGGUUGAUAGAGUGCGUAUAGCAGAUUGGAGCCGCAUCGCAGAGAUUGCGAACGAGGGGAGUUUUCUGGGGAGACGGUAUGCGGGCUUUUGGGGGUGGCCGGACGCAGAUAUGUUGGAGGUUGGAAAUCACGAAGGGAAUCUGACGUUGGCUGAGAAUAGGGCGCAUUUCGCGCUUUGGGCCGUUAUGAGGAGUCCGUUGCUUAUUGGGACGGCGCUCAAUACAAUCCAAGAAGAACACCUCGCGAUUCUCAAAAACAGAUACCUGCUCUCCUUCCACCAAGACCCGCUCGUUGGCCGUCCAGCAUACCCCUAUAAAUGGGGCUAUAACGAAGAUUACACUUUCGAUCCUGUCCACCCGGCUGAAUACUGGUCCGGGCUGUCGUCUACGCUCCAAGGGACGCUGGUGCUUAUGCUUAAUUCGGAGGAUGGGGUGCGUACCCGGCGGGCUGUUUGGAGUGAGGUUCCGGAGCUUCGGGAUGGGAAUGCGUAUGAGGUUGUGGAUGCUUGGACGGGGGAGGAGCUGGGGUGUGUGCGUGGUGGAUUGAGUGUUGAGCUGGAGAGCCAUGAUGUGGCUGUUUUGGUUGUUGGGAGUGCUUGUUAGGGAUAUAAUCCAUAUGGUAUACAGUGCGGUAUUGUCUGUGUGUAGGGCAUUCAUUGUUCGGGCUAACUGCGCAUCACUACAGCUGCAUCCGAUGUAUCUAGUUCUAACGCUCACCAUUGCAGCCCUGUCUGGGUGGGUGACCACCAUUUGCAGGAGCUUCCAUAGCG